CUCGGUGUGAUCAACACAACGGGCUGUCGUUUUACCAACGAGUACUAAGCUCAGAGAAAUUUCCCGUAUGAACGUUCGCCUAAGCUAAGGUACUCGGCCAUCGUCAAGCAUUCUUCCAUCUUCUGUUCCUCUACGCUAAACCAUGGCGCCGCGGUCCGACAACGGACGGCCUAAUAGCCGGUUCUCGGAGCUCAUAUUCUUGGGAACGGGCUCUUCAACUGGAGUCCCAACCCCCCUUUGUGUCACACAGCCGACCGACCCGCCAUGCGCCGUGUGCCACAAGGCAAUAGCGGACCCUCCUGAGCGAAACCCCAAUUACCGGUGCAAUCCGUCGCUUAUGAUUCGAUACCGGAGCCGAUCUUAUACAGCGGAUGAAGGUGUGACUGUACGCAGGGAGCUUGCUAACGAUUGCUGUGAUUCCAACGGGGUCGCCGAGGCGAACUCCAGAGAAGGGACAGAUGGGAGGCGGGAGAGCUGCACUUCAGAAAGUGCCGACCUGACGGAUUCCGUCGAUCUGACGGAUUCCGUCGACCUGGCUCUGUCGCCUGGCGAGCAGUGGCGGUACAUUCAGAUCGACGCGGGCAAGUGCUUUCGGGAGCAGGUGCUGAGGUGGUUCGUGCGGCGCAACAUCCCCACCAUCGACGCGCUGAUUCUCACCCACGAGCAUGCUGACGCCAUCCUAGGCCUGGAUGACGUCAGAGGGCUCCAGCGCAUUCCUCUCCACCCAGCAGACCACGUGGCGCCCCUCUCCGUGUUCCUCGCCCACCACUGCAUGGCCAGUGUGCGGGAGAAGUUCCCCUACCUCACACUCACCCCCGCUCGCCCAGCUCCGUUGCUCCCCUCCCUGCUACCGUCGGCUGCUCCUGCUGCUCACACUGGUGUCACUGACACUACUGAUGCUGACACUACCAACGCUGGUGACACUACCAUCGCUGGAACUACUACCACUGACACUACUAAUGCGGACACAGGUGUCGGUGUCACUAGGGGGGGAGGCGUGACGAAAGUAUCUCGGCGGGUCUCGCGAAUCGAUUGGCAGAUCAUUGAAGAGAGUGUGGCGGCUCCCUUCAGUGCUGCUGGGCUUACAGUCACUCCCCUGCCGGUGCAGCAUGGGGAGGACUACAUCGCGUUGGGGUUUGAGUUUGGGUUCCCCCAUCGCAUCGUUUACAUCUCAGAUGUCUCCAAAAUUCCUCCAACCACUCUAGCAUACUUGAAGGCCAGGCAGCAGCAUGUGGGUCGGAUACACCUUCUGGUCAUGGACUCGCUCUACUUUGAUCACCCACACGCUACUCACUUCCACCUUCCACAGACUCUGGAUGCAAUCCGGGAGUUGCAGCCAAAGCAGGCCUUUUUGGUUGGCAUGACUCAUGAGUUUGACCACCACAAAGUCAAUUCGCUGCUCCGUGACUGGUCCAUCAAGGAGGAUAUAGAUGUUCAGCUAGCACAUGAUGGUCUUUGUAUCCCCGUGCUCCUAUGAGCUCGAUCAUGGCUGGAAAUGCGAAAAGGGAUGUUGUUCAUUUGAAUGAUGGGAUGCCUUACUCUGUUACUGAUCAAGGUGCAGGUGUCAUUGUAUUAGAAAUGAGGUCCGUUGGGUUUUAACAUGUGUCUGGUGAAGGGCAGCUGGAUGGCAAUGGCAUCUCGCACACGUUGUACUGUGUCCAUGAUGCUGCCAAUCAUCACAGAUUGCUUCUAGAUUUUGUAGUCAUCACAUCUAGGGCCGAAACUGGGGGACGAUAAUUGUCAU